ACGUGAUGUUUUGACCUGUGCUAUAAAAAUAACAAUUACUUGCAUUUUUAAAUUAUCCUUUAUUAGCUGGUUCAAGCUUUCAUAAAAUCAGUAUAAUUUGCGCUACUUGUGGGCUUAGUAGUAGAAGUAUUUAAUGUUCUGCUGGUUGGAUUAGUAAUUACCAAUUUCCCGAGAUUGAGUUGAGAGUUGAUACUUGUUUCAUAAUAUAACGCAUACUAAACAAUGAAGCGCAUGAAGCAUCGGAUUAAACGCGAGCCGGAGUCAUCGCGGCAGGAAGACCAUGACUUGGCUUAUUACAUCCACGACAGGGUUGAGUUGAUGCACCAAGUGUUCUCGGUGUUAAAGUCCAAGGAGCUGCGGGCUAUGGCUCCUCUCUGCGUGCGAGAUAUAUCCAUCAAAGACUUACAGGAACUAUGCACUGAGGAGCUACUUGGUAUCAGCUCAAAGCGCCUCUGUGCCAUCCUGGACGGUGCUGACCCACCUUCCAACACAGAGUCCUCAGACUCCUCCCCUGAGAGAAUGGAGACAAUCUCUCUCGACAGUAUCUCAUCAGAUGAAGCAAUAUUGAGCCAAGCCAGUCCAAGGAAGAGUAAAAAACAUAAACGGCACUCAAAGUCUAAGUCCAAGCACAAACGUAGACAGAGCGAGGCGGGUGCGGACGACCCGAGCGAGGGCCAGGCCAGCCGGGCGGGUCGCGCCGGCCUCACCGUUCUGGAAUUGCUGGAGCUGCAGGCGCGGGCCCGGGCCAUCCGCGCGCAGCUGCAGCAGGCGCACUCAGAAUUGCCGGUGAUGAGCAGCGAACGCGUGGAGUCAUCUGAUGAUGAUGAGGUGGUCAUUAAAGAGGAGGAGCCUGAUGUGGUGGAGAUCAGCAGCGACGAAGACAAACCAAACCGCGAUGAAUUGGACAAACAAAUUGAAAACAAUCAAAACACUCAAGAAGGUGCGAUAUCGGUUACAAAAAAAAUCAAUGACUUGAUCAUAACUGUUCCACAGACAAAACAAACAAAGAAAAUUAAAUUGAACCGGCAAAGAACUGUUAACAUCAAUAGGCAGGUCGCAAAAACAAGUAAAGAUAAAGAAGCUAAUAUAAAUGUUCUCAAUGUCAAUAAUGGGUCUAAAAGCAGAACCAAAACUAAAAAGAAGCAGAAAAAAAUUAACAAAAACAAUAAAGAUGGAAGUGAUCAUGAUGAGAUUAUGCUGCAACUCUCUGAUACAGAGAAAAUGGAUCUUUUAGAAGAUUUAGAACAGAAGAGCAGUGAGGAUUCUGAUAGUAGCUCUGGCACUACAACAUCAGAUUCUGAUUCUGAAAAUGAUGAUUCAGUAACUAAUAAAGAAGAUAAGGAUACUUCAGAUGAUAGUAAAGAAAAUAAUAAAAAUUCUUCAAAAAAUAUUCAUGAAAAUGACACGAUGGCUAUCCAAGAAAACAGAGAUAGCCAAAGUAAAAAUGAAAAUGUUAAUAUUGACGUGGAAGUAUUUAAAGAAAUACCACAUUCUAGUGAGGAUAAAGUAAACAAUAUUCAAAGUACAAAAUUGAUUAUGGGCAUAACAGAAAAUAAAGAUGAUAUUGAGAAGUAUACUCACUUUUCUGCUGGAGUAGAGUCGGUAGAUUUAAAUACAGAUGAAGAAAAAGUAGAAAGUAAAGCUGAACAUAAUACUAUUUUAAAGAAUACAGAAAUAGAAUCAGUAAGAGAUGAAAUUGACCAAAAUAUAAAUGCAAUGGAACUAGAUAAAUCCCCCAAUGAAAAAGAAUCUGAAACCCAAAAGACCAUAACACAAACCGAAACCAUAGAGGAAGGCGAAAUUAAAGACGAAAAUAAAGAGCUGUCAGAAGGCGAGGUUUCUCAAGAAAGUGUAGAAGUUAAAGCUUUACCUGAUGUCGAUAGUAAUAAUGAUAAGAAAAAGAAAAGAAAAGAUAAGAAGACAAAAAAGUCAAAGAAAAAUAAAAAGGCGGAUUUUCGUGAAAGUGCCGAUCAAAAUUUCUACAAAGAUUACAAUACAGGAAACAUAAUUGCAUCUCUAAGGAGUGGAGAUGAGACCGAAACUAAGUUGUUGAAAACUGAUAUGCAAUGUAUUUCUUACAAGGAAACUGACGCGAAAGAUGAUGAUGUUAUAGAAUAUUUGGAACUUUCAGAUGAUUCUUCAUGUCAUGAGGUAGAAGGUGUCUCUGUGCUGUCUAAGGAACCGACGGCGGAAGAAAUCGCGGCGCUCUCUGCGAAGAUGGACGAAAUAGAACGAGAGGAGGUCGUGAAUGAGAGUGAGAUAGCACUGUGUGAUACGAACGAGAUAGCGAACACUACGUGGAAAGAUCGAUAUUUAGAAAGUACGAAAGUUAAAAAAGUACUCAACACGUCAAACAUUUUAAAUGCUAUUAGGAAAAAGAACAUAGAAUUGAAGAGGAAAAUGGAAGAAUCUAAAAAACAGCAUAUUGAGGACACUGAAAAACCUGCCGAAGAAAUACCACCAUCAGACAUCAUCGAAGGAUCAUUAGAUCAUUAUAAUACUCUAGAAGGAUCAACGAAGUUUGUAGAUCCCGCAAGAGAAGAGAAAAAUGUUUCAAAGGAGAUGAAGAGUGACGCUAAAAUGUUGUUGAAAAUGUACCGAAAAUUGUUAAAGUACAAUGAUAUGAACCGGAAGAAGGAUCCAAAGAAAAAAAAGAAGAAAAACAAGACGAAAGAGAAAAGUAAGGACAGCACAUAGUGGACAUUGAUAAGCGAAUAAAUUAUCUAUAGCUA